AUGUUUCCAAAGGACAAUUUGGCUGUCACUUGCUGGGUAUGGAGGAGGAUGAGGAAGCUUUUUGUAUUCCUUUGUCUCCUGCUGUCCCAUGCAGCUCAUUUGGAAGGCAAAAAGGAUAAUCGGUUCAUCUGGAAACCAGGUCCCUGGGGAAGAUGUACAGGAGACUGUGGCCCUGGAGGACUCCAGACUCGUGCACUGUGGUGCUUUCACUUUGAAGGUUGGACAAGUCACCUCUCUAACUGUGAUGAGAACAAUAGGCCUCCAAAGGAAAGAAGCUGCUUCCGAGUCUGUGACUGGCACAGCGACCUAUUCCAGUGGGAGGUUUCUGACUGGCACCACUGUGUGCUUGUUCCUUCCACCCUAGGCCAAGCCAAGCCUCGCACUGCAGAGUGUGUGACGGCUCAGCAUGGACUGCAGCACCGGACUGUGCGCUGUGUUCAGAAGUUGAACAGAACCAUGGUUGUAAAUGAAAUAUGUGAACACUUUGCCCCGCAGCCCCCCACAGAACAAGCUUGCCUCAUUCCUUGUCCCCGGGAUUGUGUUGUAUCCGAGUUCUCACAAUGGUCCAAGUGUAGCAACGGAUGUGGGAAGCAACUGCAGCACAGAACUCGUGUGGCCAUUGCUCCUCCUCUCUAUGGAGGUUCUCGGUGUCCCAAUCUGACUGAAUCAAGAAUCUGUGAUGUUCCCAUUUCCUGUCCUCUCGGGGAAGAGGAAUAUACUUUUAGCCUUAAAGUUGGACCAUGGAGUAAAUGUAGACUGCCUCUUCUUAAGGAAAUUAACCUAAGUAGAAGAACUGUUGUGGAUUUUAGCUCUGAUUCAAAAGAACCAGUCACCUUUAGACAUCAAAGUUACAAGCCACAUCACCAUGCCAAACCCUGGGACAUAGAGAUAGGUUAUCAAACCCGGCAGGUUUGGUGUACAAGAAGUGAUGGAAAAAAUGCUAUGUUAAGCCUUUGCAUGAAAGACUCCUUCCCAUUGACUGUCCAGUCCUGCGUCAUGCCGAAAGACUGUGAGACCACCGAGUGGUCCUCCUGGAGUCCCUGCUCCAAGACGUGUCAUUCAGGAAGUCUCUCACCUGGAUUUAGGAGCAGGAGCCGGAGUGUGAAACACAUUGCUAUUGGAGGUGGAAAGGAGUGCCCUGAACUUCUCGAGAAACAGGCCUGCAUUGUCGAAGGAGGACUCUUGCAGCCAUGUCCCAGGUAUUCCUGGAGGACUUCUGAAUGGACAGAAUGCCAAGUCUCUCUCCUUCUCGAGCAGCAAGACCCCCACUGGCAUGUGACAGGACCGGUUUGUGGAGGUGGGAUCCAGACCCGGGAGGUGUACUGUGCCCAGAACACACCAGCGUCCACCACACAGAGGGCCAAGGAAGUCUUUAGACCUGUGGAAAAGACAUUAUGUUUGGAACCUGCCCCUGAAGCCUCUCAGCUCUGCAAUAUUCCCUGCUCUACAGACUGUAUAGUGUCUUCCUGGUCAGCCUGGGGUCCAUGCAUCCAUGAAAACUGCCGCGAUCCCCAGGGGAGAAAAGGAUUUAGAAUGAGACAGCGCCAUGUCCUCAUGGAAUCCACAGGGCCUGCAGGACAUUGCCCUCAUUUGGUUGAAUUUGUUCCCUGUGAGGAUCCAAUGUGUUACCAAUGGCUGACUUCUGAAGGGAUCUGUAUUCCUGAUCAUGGAAAGUGUGGGUUGGGACGUCGCAUCCUGAAGGCUGUCUGCCAGAAUGACAGAGGAGAAGAUGUAUCAGGGAAUCUCUGCCCAGCAUCUUUUCCUCCUGAAUGGAUAGCUUGUGAAAUUCCCUGCAGGAUGGAUUGUGUGGUGAGUGAGUGGACAGAGUGGUCAUCCUGCUCCCAGUCUUGUUCAAAUAAAAACUCAGAUGGGAAACAGACCAGGUCAAGGACGAUCCUGGCAUUGGCUGGAGAAGGUGGAAAACCAUGCCCCCCUAGUCAAGCUCUCCAAGAAUAUCGCUCAUGCAAUGAUCAUUCCUGUAUGCAACUCUACUGGGAGACAUCACCUUGGGGCCCCUGUUCAGAAGACACGUUGGUUAGUGCCCUCAAUGCGACAAAUGGAUGGAAUGGAGAAGGUACAUGUGGUGUAGGCAUUCAGACACGGAAAGUCAUUUGUGUGAAGAGUCACGUGGGACAAGUGAUGCCCAAAAGAUGUCCAGAUUCUACUCGGCCAGAAAUGGUGCGCCCUUGUCCCCUCCCAUGCAAAAAAGACUGUAUUGUGACUGCGUUCAGUGAGUGGACACCCUGCCCGAGGCUGUGCCAAUCAGGGAAUGCCACAAUAAAACAGUCUCGAUACAGGAUUAUCAAUCAAGAAGCAGCUAAUGGAGGUCAAGAAUGCCCAGAUACUUUAUUUGAAGAACGAGAGUGUGAAGAUGUCUCAUUAUGUCCUGUAUAUCGGUGGAAGCCACAGAAAUGGAGCCCCUGUGUCUUAGUGCCAGAGUCUGUCAGGCAGGGAAUCAUGAGCACCAGUGAAGCCUGUGGAAAGGGAGUGCAAACAAGAGUUGUCUCAUGCAUCUCUAAUGAUAACCAGUCAGAAGAAAUGACCAAAUGCCUCAAGCAGACAAGUAGCAUGCCUCCCCUGGUACAAGAAUGCACUGUCCCGUGUCGAGAUGACUGCACCUUCACUGCUUGGUCCAAGUUUACGCCCUGCUCCACAAAUUGUGAAACAACCCAGAGUAGACGGCGACAACUCACAGGAAAGAGCAGGAAGAAGGAGAAAUGCCAGGAACCUGACCUGUACCCUCUAAUGGAAACAGAGCUAUGUCCUUGUGAUAUAUUUAUAUCUCAACCUUAUGGAAACUGGUCAGAUUGCAUUCUUCCUGAAAGCAGAAGGGAGCCUCUGCGAGGAGUCCAGGUGCAAGGAGACAGCAAACAAUGUGGAAAGGGCAUACGCUUUAGAGCGAUAGCCUGCUCUGAUAAAAAUGGAAGACCCGUUGACCCCUCCCACUGCAGCAGCUCUGGUUAUAUUCAAGAAGAAUGUGUCAUCCCCUGCCCAUUUGACUGCAAGUUAAGUGAUUGGUCCAGCUGGGGGGCUUGCAGUUCAUCCUGUGGGAUUGGAGUGAGAAUUCGAUCCAAAUGGCUAAAAGAAAAACCUUACAACGGAGGUCGUCCAUGUCCCAAAUUGGAUCUCAAGAAUCAGGUACAUGAGGCAGUCCCAUGUUACAGCGAGUGUAAUCAGUAUUCCUGGGCUGUAGGACCCUGGUCUCCAUGCAAAAUCCACAAUGAGCUGAGGUCCCUGCGCUGCGGAGGAGGAACGCAAUCUAGGGAAAUCAGAUGUGUGAACACUGCUGGUAGUGAAGGUAGAGCAGUGGAUAACAGCCUCUGUCGCCAGGAUGAAAUGCCCCCAGAAACCCAGCCCUGCUCUCUUCUGUGUCCCAACGAAUGUGUCAUGUCUGAGUGGGGACCUUGGAGCAAAUGCCCACAGUCAUGUGAUCCCCACACAAUGCAGAGAAGAACCCGCCAUCUGCUGAGACCCUCGCUGAGCUCAAGGACAACGUGUGCUGAAGACUCCCAGGUGCGGCCUUGCCUCCUCAAUGAAAAUUGCUUCCAGUUCCAGUACAAUCUGACAGAGUGGAGCACAUGCCAGCUGAGUGAAAAUGCGACAUGUGGGCAAGGUGUCAGGACCCGUCUUCUGAGCUGUGUGCGCAGUGAUGGCAAGCCAGUCAGCAUGGACCAAUGUGAGCAGCAUAACUUGGAGAAGCCCCAGAGGAUGAGCUCUCACUGCCUAGUAGAGUGUGUUGUCAACUGUCAGCUCUCAGGGUGGACAGCUUGGACAGAAUGUUCACAGAGUUGUGGCCAUGGAGGUCGAAUGAGCCGGACUCGAUUUAUCAUGCUGCCAACCCAAGGGGAAGGACGGCCAUGCCCCACAGAGCUUUCUCAGCAGAAACCCUGCCCAGUGACCCCCUGCUACAGCUGGGUCCUCAGCAACUGGUCUGCAUGUAAAUUGGAGGGUGGAGACUGUGGGGAAGGAGUCCAGAUCCGCAGCCUUUCCUGUGUAGUCCACAAUGGUUCAAUCUCUACUUCUGCUGUUCGUGUAGAUGACGCACAGUGUAAAGAAAUGCCCUUUCAGGAUGCCCUCCUGAAGCAGCUGUGUUCUGUGCCCUGCCCUGGAGACUGCCAUUUAACGGAAUGGUCAGAGUGGAGCACAUGUGAAUUAACCUGCAUCGACGGAAGAAGCUUCGAGACAAUGGGCCGCCAAUCUCGGUCAAGGACAUUUAUAAUUCAGUCUUUUGAAAACCAAGACAGCUGUCCCCAGCAGGUUCUAGAAACACGUCCUUGUACAGGAGGCAAAUGUUAUCACUACACAUGGAAAGCAAGUCUUUGGAACAAUAAUGAACGGACUGUAUGGUGCCAACGUUCAGAUGGCAUUAACGUCACAGGAGGCUGCUCCCCUCAGGCACGUCCUGCUGCUAUUAGACAGUGUAAUCCAGCAUGCAGAAAACCUUUCUCCUACUGUACACAGGGUGGAGUCUGUGGUUGUGAGAAGGGCUAUACAGAGAUAAUGAGAUCAAAUGGUUUUCUGGAUUACUGCAUGAAAGUGCCAGGCUCAGAGGACAAAAAGGCUCAUGUGAAAAACCUUGCUGGGAAAAACAGACCUGUGAAUUCGAAAAUACAUGAUAUGUUUAAAGGAUGGUCUCUUCAACCCCUUGAUCCAGAUGGCCGAGUAAAAAUUUGGGUUUAUGGUGUUUCAGGUGGUGGUUUUCUUAUCAUGAUUUUCCUAGUAUUUACUUCCUACUUUGUUUGCAAGAAGCCAAAACAACAUCAAAGCACACCUCCCCAACAGAAGCCUCUGACCUUAGCCUACGAUGGAGACUUAGAUAUGUAA